GUACGUCAAAAUAUAUAUAAUAACUUUCAUACUAACUAUACAAUAAUAUAUAAUAUUCAAUUUAGAAUAGGUACGUCCAUAUGCGCUGAUAUCUAAAAUUUGGCACAAUCAAUCCAAAAAAAGAGGAAUUUUGCCUGCUCUAUCAGAAUUGACAAAUUUCCAUGGAAAGAAGAAAAAGGACAUUCAGAAUGGGGAUGAUGGAAAAAAGAUUUCAGAAACAUCUGAAGAGGAAAUGGAUAUUUCUGAUCACACGUCAACAGAAAAUAGUACAACAGACACAGGGGAAACAGGUUCAUCAUGUGAUGAUGUUAACAAGAUCAGUAGGAAACAGAGAACCUUUGCUAAGAUGUCUGUUAGAAGGGAUAAAAAGAAGGAUCAAGAAAAGAGAGAAAAACUAGAUAAAAAUAUUAUUUCAAUGGAUGAUUUUCUCAAUAAGCAUGGAGAGUUCUCUACAUGGAUAGAAGAAGAGAAACAUAAAUGUACAAAGAAUAUGACAUCUCCAAAGUUAAAGGCAUACUUCAAAGAUUUUAUGAAGUUGUGGAACAAGAGAAAGUUGCCUGGGAAAUAUUACAGAGGUUCAACAGACUCAGAGAGUCCAUGUCCUACUUAUAUUGCCAGAGGAUUUAGUUUUGAUGAGGAAGUGGUCUUUGAUUCCAGAAAACAACUCUGUAGACCAAAAAAGAGACUUUCAAUUGAGACACACAAUACCCUUGAUUCACCAUUUUCCACAUUUGGGAAAACCCCACCAAAACGGUUACCUGCAAUGACAAGUCUACAGAAACUGGAAACUCAUCAUGAACUUGAAACACAGAGAGGAUAUGCUUCUUUGAACAGUCCAGCAGAAGAAAUCAAGGAACAGAUUCUGAGUCAAUAUCAGGUACCAGUAAAACAGAGCAGGAUUGAUUCUGACCAGGAAAGUAACAAGGAAAACGCACAUAGUGUUGUUGAGCCUUAUUAUGUGACACCCUAUUCAUGGGCUAGUGGAGGAGAAAGGAAAGAUACAGAGACGUCUUCAGAUCAUUUCUCAUCAUCAUCAAGUCUAAGCAGUCAAAGUGACGUCUUUCCUGUGUAUGCCCAAAUUGUGAAACAGAAUAAGAUACCAGUUGUAAAGAAGUCAGAGAUAUCUAUUCCUAGUCAAAACUCCCCACCUCCUAUACCUCCACCGCCAAAACUAUGUGGGGAUUAUUUUGAAACCGAGAACUUUAGUUUAGAUGAUGUCCACUAUAAAUCUGUGGACAUGGACUCAACCGACUUUCCACCACCCCCACCACCUCCAAUGGAUCAGUCCAGUGAUGAUUCACAGUUAAAUGCAACCUUGCCUCCUCCUCCUCCUUCUGUCUAUCAGUCUGGAGAAGAUUCUUUUAUAAAUGAGACUUUACCAUCACCUCCGGGAUAUGCUGAAAUUGGAUGCCUUGAUGACGACCCUGAUCCACCAGCUGAAGGAGAAUGGAAGCCUCCGUCUGCAGCAAAAGUUUAUAGCCCAAGAAAGUUUAAACUUACAAAAUCUACGUCAAAAGAGAGGAUAUACUCAGAAAUUCCUCCCCCUGUGGCCCCUAAACCAAAACGGAAAAUGUUUUUUGAUUCCUUGUAUAAGUCAGAGGAAGAUAUGUAUGUUGCAAUGAACAGUAAUCCCGUACAAAUUGAGAAAGAUAAUAAUGGGCCACCUGUACUAUACUCAGAUUAUGCAGUACCAGCUGAUGUCAUAGCAAGCGACAGCAACAGGGAACCAGAUAAUGCUAUAAAUAGACAAACCAAUGAAAUAGGGGAAGACAGUGAGGGUACGUGUGAAAUACCCCAAAAAAAUAGUGCCUCUGUGGAUAGUGAAGAUAAUUUUGGAGUAAGAUCAAGUCUUUUUCAAAAAGGUCAGAUUGAACAAAGUGAGAAAACUGAACCAUUUAUAUUCAGAACAUCAGGUAAAGGGUGCUCAGAUGUGCUCGGUGGGUGUACAGAUACUAGUGCAAUAAAUGACACAGUUAACAGCUCUGAUCUUGUAAACUGUAAUGUAAAUCAAAUUAAAGACGAAACUCAUAACAGUGUUCCAGAACUGUUUACAAAUGAGAAUCAUUCUGGAAAAUAUACCACAGAUAAAAUUGAUGUCAGAAUCAGCUCAAAAGUUAAUCCUAGUCAAAAUGUGCUUGAAACUGACAUUGACACAGUUAAUCCACCAGAAGAAAUAAAGAAGUCACUGACUCGUUCAAAGUCAUCUGAGACAAUCAUUUGGUGAAAUGUUGAGAUUUUCCUGUCAAAUUUAGAAACUUUUUUAGUUAAUUUUUUUGUUAUAUAUUUCAGAAAAGUGUAGUUGAUGUCUUUUAAUUUUUGCCAUACAAAAUCAACUUAGCUUACACAACAACAUCUAACAUGUCUAAAAGAAUACAUGUCAGUGUUUUCAUAUAGUCAAUGAUAAAAUGUAUACCUCUUAGUAUCCAA